GAUAAAUUGUUUGUUUGUUUGUUUUUUGAUGAUAAUACACCACACAUUCAAUACAUUCGAAUUGAGUUUUUGUGAGUUUGUUGUACCCAUAUUGUUAAUUUUCUUCUUAAUUUUUUGGUUUUUUGAAAUAAGAAAAAUAUAUCGAAAAUUUGAACACAAUGUUGUUACGUAAAGCAUUAAAUGGUGGGGUUUUGUUACCAUCAUUUAUACGUGAUGUUUUGACACCAACAACAUCUGCUGUGGCCUAUAAUUGUCUAUCCAAACGUUAUAUUAAUCUACAAGAAUAUCAAAGUAAACAAUUAAUGGAAAAAAAUGGAUUACAAAUACAAAAAUUUCGUAUAGUAUCCGAUAUUGAUCAAGUGAAAAAUAUUAUUGAUGAUCCAACAUUAAAAGCAAAUGAAUAUGUAAUCAAAGCACAAGUAUUGGCCGGUGGUCGUGGUAAAGGUUAUUUUAAAAAUUCCGGUUUUAAAGGUGGUGUUAAAUUGACUAAAAAUAAAACCGAAAUUGAAUCAAUUGUUAAAGCAAUGCUUGAUGAUUAUCUUAUUACUGCACAAACAACAAAAGAUGGUAUUCUUGUUAAAAAAGUAAUGAUUGCUGAAGCUAUUGAUAUUAAAAAAGAACUUUAUCUGGCAAUAUUAUUGGAUCGUGCUAGUGGUGGUCCUAUUAUUGUUGCAUCACCUGAAGGUGGUAUGGAUAUUGAAAAAGUAGCCGAAACAAAUCCAACAGCUGUUCAUAAAUUUCCAAUUUCAAUCAGUGAAAAUUCAAAAGAUUUAGAAAGACAAUUAGCAUUAAGAAUUGCUGGCGAAGGUCUUGGAUUAGAUGGUAAACUUAAAGAAGAUGCUGCAACUGAAAUAUCACAUUUAUAUCGAAUGUUUUUAAAGCUGGAUGCAUUACAAAUUGAAAUCAAUCCUUUGGGUAUUACCACACAGAAUCAGGUAAUUUGUUUUGAUGCUAAAAUGAAUUUCGAUGAAAAUGCAAUGUUUCGUCAUGAAUGGAUGAAACAAAUUAUGGAAGAAAAUUCUUCGGAAGAAGAUCCACGUGAUCGAUUAGCUCGUGAAUCAAAUCUGAAUUUUGUACCAAUGGAUGGUAAUAUUGCUUGUUUGGUUAAUGGAGCCGGUUUAGCAAUGGCUACAAUGGAUAUUAUACAUCGUUAUGGUGGUAGUCCGGCUAAUUUUCUUGAUGUUGGCGGUUCGGUUAAUCAGGCUGGUGUUGAAAGUGCAUUCAAAUUAAUUAUGACCGAUAAAAAAGUUAAAGCCGUUUUAGUCAAUAUAUUUGGUGGUAUUGUUAAUUGUGAAACAAUUGCUAAAGGAUUAAUUGCAGCUAAAAAUCAAGUAACAGUACCAUUAGUUGUACGAUUAGAAGGUACAAAUGCUGAACAGGCUAUUAAUCUAAUUAAUACCGUACCGGAUAUUAUAUCGGCUAAAAAUUUAGAUGAUGCUGCACAAAAAGUUGUUGGAUUUACUAAAACAACAUGAAAAACAAUUCAUCAUUAUUAACCCUUAAAUAAGUUAAGUUUUUCCUUUCUUUUUUUUGAAAAAAAACCGACCAAAAUUGUGUAAAUUGAUUUCCUGAUUAACUGGAAAAUUGAUUAUUGAUUUUUAUUAUUUUUGUUCAAUGCCAUCCAUUGUUUUUCUUUCUUUUUUUUA